GGAUAACCUAUGAGGUCGAGCCUUUAAAACAAUCCCAACCAAUAGGCCCCGAAGGAGGCGGGGCUUCCGCCUGGAAACUAGGAAAAGGAAUAAGACCUUAACCGGAAGUUAAGGUCGUUGUUGUUGACAAGUUUUCAAGUCGACCGUCGCUGCUGAUUUAGCUUUGGAGUGUGGGCUUCGUCGCGGGUGAUUCGCCAUGGUGUGCGAGAAAUGUGAAAAGAAACUUGGCACUGUAAUUACACCUGAUACAUGGAAAGAUGGUGCACGAAACACUACAGAAAGUGGUGGGCGAAAACUAAAUGAAAAUAAGGCAUUGACAUCGAAGAAGGCAAGAUUUGAUCCUUAUGGCAAAAACAAGUUUGCGAUAUGCCGAAUUUGUAAAAGUUCAGUUCACCAGCCAGGGUCCCACUACUGCCAGGGGUGUGCUUACAAGAAGGGCAUCUGCUCAAUGUGUGGAAAGAAAGUCUUGGAUACAAAAAACUACAAGCAAACUUCUGUAUAAUUGUAUACUGUGAGCUCUUCUCAUUCACCCCCUUGGAGAUUAAACUUGGUUGACAAACAUGAUCCAUUUGGGCCAAAUGCUGAAAUUUACUUGGGCUUUUAGUGGCAUUUUUCUGGCUUUAUAACUUGGCUGUAAAAUGGUCUAAUUAAUGUUUGUUCUGUUUUUACCACAAAGGAGCCUUAAUGCUGCCUCGUAACUUGAUCUGGUUGUAAUCACUGUUUGAAUUUUUGACACAGUGAUAUAGCAGUGAUCCACCAGUGACACUUAGUGGUAUAAAUAUUUACAUUUUCUUAUAAACACACUUAUGCUAUUUGUCUGAACUUUCAAAAUCUAAAAACCAUUUGUGGAAAAUGUAAGGGUGAAAAUAUUUAUCAACUUUUUCUUCACCAGGUGAUAACCUCCAGGACUUGUGUUUAUAUUGUGAGAUGCUGAGUAUGCCAGCUGUAGGAAUAAAUAGCAAACUUGCAUCUAUGUUUAACAGUGUAAAAAAUAUAAUGUACAACUUGUGUUCCCCCAGCCAACUUGAGCUCCCUAGGGCUCCGUAAACAUCCUAGAUUUGUUGCCUACUGCUAAGUAGCAUAGUUAGAGACUAUGUUUUUGGCUUGGCAGGUCCCAAGUUCUGAAGCCCUGAAAUGAAAUGUUCCAGUGAAGACUAAUCUUUUUUUAAUCUGGGUUUGUUGGACUGAAAUAUAAGAUGGAAUUUACAAGACCAAUGUAAAUUAGUUUUCAGCCUUUUGGUGUCAAUUGAGGCCUAGCUUGUAUGUAAACAAGUUUUGAGUAUGUUGUAUUAAAAUUGAGAGAUGAUCCAGGAAACGUAA